AUGGCGCUGCGAGCACUGGCCCAGGAGGCCUGGACCGUCGGUAGCGCCCUACUCAGGAGGUCCAUCCACAGCAGCGCCACAACUUCGUGCCUGCACGCGGCGCGGCAGGUGCCAGCGCUCCAGAGCUGCGCGGGGUUGUCCACCAGCAGCGGGAAUGGUCUACCCUCAGGCCGCAAGAUUCUGAAACAGAAGCUGGUGGGCGAGAAGCUGGCAUCCUACUAUCCAGAGAAUGUCCUCCGGGCCGACCCGUACAUGCUGAACAUCCAGGCAGAGAGGGCGAAGCUCAAGCUGGAUCGCCUACGAAGGCGGGGCAAGGCACCUCCUAAGAAGGGCGCUGGCAAGCGUUCAUCAAAGAGGCAAGUGUUGGGUGGCAAGGAUUGA